GUUUCCAACACCAUUCAUAAUAAUUAAGGGUCAAAACAACUUUCCUUUUUUCCACAGAGCAAAUCACAACAACAACAAAAUCAUAACAUCAGAGUGUAUACAACGCCAUAAAAGUGUGCACCCACUUCCUUCCUCCAUCCUUUCUCCUCUGUUUUUCUCUCUCAUACUGUCCUACAAUACCAAAAAUGGGGAACCUCUGUACAUGCCUAUCCUACCAAGAUAUACCUAACAAAAGGCAAAACCCAAAAGGGCUAUACAAUCGAUCAAGCUCAGCCCCCGCCACCGGAAGCAACCGGUGGUCGAGGAUGAAGUCGUCGUCUAAGAAAGAGACUUUCAAAUUUGAUGACCCUGUUUUACAUCAACAAGCACUAGCAGCGGCGGCAAUUAUUCUUCAACAGCAGCGGAAUGGGGGUUCGUCUUUGCCUUUUGAUCGAUCAACUUCGCUUCGAUACCCACUUUCUAAUGGGACUUCUAAGAAUAGUGGUAAUAAAAAUGGUGCUGUUACUUUGCCUCGAAGUUCUAGUACUCGUGCUCGUUCUCUUACUGAUCCUCUUCUUCAACCUCAUCAGCUUCUUAAUCAGGAUGGAGAACUUGAUGGCGUAGAAAGUAAUUAUUUUGUGCUUGUCCAUGGAGGUGGGUUUGGUGCAUGGUGUUGGUACAAGACAAUUGCACUGCUAGAAGAAAGUGGAUAUAAGGUUACAGCCAUAGACUUAACUGGUUCUGGAAUUCAUUCAUCUGAUACGAACGGAAUUACAAGUCUCUCACAAUACGUAAAGCCACUUACUGACUUUCUCGAGAAACUUGCUGAUGCAGAAAAGGUGAUUUUGGUUGGACAUGAUUUUGGUGGUGCGUGCAUAUCAUAUGCCAUGGAAUUAUUCCCGUCUAAAGUGUCAAAAGCUGUUUUCAUUGCUGCAACAAUGUUGACUAAUGGACAAAGUGCUCUUGAUAUCUUCUCACACCAGGAAGAGGACAAGGACCUAAUGAAGCAGGCUCAAGUUUUCGUUUAUGCAAAUGGAAACAAUAAUCCUCCAACUGCUAUUGAUCUUGAUAAGUCAAUGCUGAAGGAGUUGUUAUUUAAUCAAAGCCCUACUAAGGACGUUGCACUGGCAUCUGUGUCAAUGAGGCCAAUACCAUUUGCACCUGUUUUGGAGAAGCUGUGUCUGUUAGAUAAGAACUAUGGUUCUGUACGGCGGUUUUACAUAGAAACUACAGAAGAUAAUGCGAUACCAAUCGCUUCACAAGAACAAAUGACGAAAGCGGCCCCUCCUGAACAGGUCUUCCGACUCAAAGGAGCAGACCAUUCACCAUUCUUUUCAAAGCCACAAGCUUUACACAGACUCUUUGUUGAGAUUUCAAAAGUUCCUCAAGUUUGUGAAUCCUUUCUUGGUAAUGCUAAUUUGAAGUGACAUUUCUCUAAUGACAUUGCCUCAUUUGCACAUUAAAUAAUGAAUAGUUGUGGUGUUCAGAAUGUAUAGAUGGCUAUUCAGGGAGCUUUUAUGUAGCUCUACCUUUAAAUUUUGCUGAAACAGUCCUCUGACAAUAUCGAGUGUUUUGGUUUAAGUGA